UCAGCUGUUUUGAAGACGCUGGAGACAACUCUGAUGCUGUGAAUCUCUCCUUUAUAUUAUUAAUUUCGCUUCUAAAUCAACACAACAGCUUUAAAUGCCAGCCAUGUCAGGUUCCUGAGUGACUUACAAGCAGCAUGGAAGGAAAAGACAGAUUUUCACUGCUCCUACUUGAACCUGGCGAAAUUUACUUUGAGGACUUCGCGGCCAUCUAUCACCUUCCUGAAGAUGUUGCCAAGAAAGAAGAUGGCUGGGAGACGAUAUGUGAGGAGGGACAGCUUCGAGGGAGGCUGAAGGUUUGCUCCAAAUCACUCGUGUUCGAUCCUCGAGACACCCGUGCUCCAAUUAUCAAGUUUCCUUUGCGCUCCUUUGAGUCUGUUCAGGAAAGUCAAGGAGAAGCCAAGAGUGAACUUCUUACUGGUGAUGGUGAUAGAACGUAUAUUGAAGUAAAAUGUGGCAUGACUGUAGAGAUGUUGGAAGGAAAUAUUCUUCAGCCUUAUAGAUUUUGCAGGGAGAUUCACAGUCACACUUUUGAACUGGUGUACGUGAAGGCUUCAACUGUUUUGCCUCAAGUGUGUCAGCUGCAGAGAGCUUCAACUUUGCCACCAAAUGACCAAAAUACAAUGAUUCAAGCCAUUGUAAGGUCAAGGCAGAGAAGAAAAAAGUUUGACCGAUCACUGCUCGAAGACAUCUCGGAAACGGUUGUGUUGGAGAGCCAGGCAAACAAGGUCACGCCCCUUGUGACCAAUCCUGGGACGGUUCUGCUUACAACGUCAACGCUUUAUUUCCAGCCGCACAAUAAUGCUGAAAAGUUUCCAGUCAUAAGAAUUGGUCUGCAUGAGAUAAGACAAGUCAUCAAACGACGCUUCUUACUACGGCAAGUUGGCCUGGAGGUGUUCUGUAGGGAUCAGUGUAUGGUCAAACAUCUUCUGCUGACAUUUAAGGAGUCGGAAGAAAGAGAUAACCUGUAUGAAUGCUUGAUGCAGCAGGAGAAUGUUAGUGUAGAUGACAUGCGGCAGGACAACAUCAGCUAUCAGUGGCAAGCAGGAGCUAUAUCUAAUUUUGAGUACCUCUCUUAUCUAAAUAGCCAAGCAGAUCGUAGUGUUAACGAUUUAACACAGUAUCCAGUAUUUCCGUGGGUACUGGCAGACUAUGUUAGUGAAUCCCUAGACUUGGGAGAUCCUGCUAUAUAUAGGGAUCUAUCAAAGCCUGUAGGAGCCCUCAAUGAAUGCCGACUGAAGCGACUAAAGGAGCGCUGUAAAGACAUGCCAGAACCCAGAUUCCUGUAUGGCUCUCACUAUUCUACCCCUGGAUUCGUGCUAUUUUACUUAGUGCGACAGUACCCACAGUAUAUGCUGUGUCUUCAGAAUGGACGCUUUGAUCAUCCAGAUCGCAUGUUCAACAGCCUACCAGACACUUGGUACAAUGUCACAACAAAUCCUUCAGACUUCAAGGAAUUAAUCCCAGACUUCUAUGACUUGGAUGCCUCAGCGGACUUCCUUACAAACUCCAUGCAAAUAAACUUUGGAGUGAGACAGAAUGGAAAACCAGUUGGGGAUGUGGAGUUACCCCCUUGGGCCAAAGGACCAGAAACUGUGAUUAAGACGAUGCGAGAUGCACUUGAAUCCGAAUAUGUAUCUCAGAAUCUUCAUCUGUGGAUUGACCUUAUAUUUGGCUACAAGCAGAAUGGGGAGGAGGCGGAAAAAGCUGACAACUUGUUUUACCAUCUUUGCUAUGAGGGCUCUGUUGAUCUGGCAGCCAUCACAGAUCUGAAUGACCGGCUUGCCCUGGAGGUCCAGAUCACGGAGUUUGGACAAGUGCCAAAGCAGCUCUUCUCGAAGCCACAUCCCCAGAGAUCGCGGUCUUUUGGGGUUUACGACUCGAUGUAUUUGAGUAACGGAAUAUCAGAAAGUAGUAUUUGCAGUGAGGCAGAGGAAGAACGAGCAGACAGUGGGGAGAACAAUGAUAAUAAAGCCCACAAUCCUAGCUCCACAUGUCUCUGGCAACGUUUGGCUGACCUCAGAUUACUGCGGGAAUGUAGGGCCCACAGAGAAGCCAUCACAGGGGUGGUCUUCACAACAGACAGCCAGAAUAUCCUCUCAGUUGGCCAAGAUGCAUUGCUGAAGAUGUACACCUUGCCAAAAUUAAAUCAGGUAAGAAGUGUGCGGAUUAGCUCAAUGGCAGCCUCGUCUUGCCUACACCUUCCAGGAACAGACACAGUGCUGGUGGGCUCUUGGGACAAUACUGUAUACAAGUACAGCUUAGAAUUCAGCCAGGUCCAUCCUUUGUUGGAGGCACAUUGUGAUGCUGUGUCGUGCAUGCAAUGGAACCAGGAUGUCCUUGUGACUGGCUCCUGGGACUGUACUGUACGCACAUGGUCACUAGAAAUUGGAGCCAAUGGAAAUGCUCAGAGAAAAGAGAGAGACAAUAACGGGAGAGGAAAAGGAGGCUCAAUGUCCGCUGGGGAGAACAUCCUGUGUGAGAUGGACCAUGACUCCCCAGUGACGUGUGUGGCCCUUCAUCCUGCUGGUUCCCUCUUGGCCUCAGGCACACAGGAUGGCACCCUGGCUGUGUGGCUCCUUCCAGCUGGUGACUUGGUGCACCAAAUUAGUUGUCACACCAGCAGCGUAAAUGCAAUAGCCUGGAGUGACAAUGAGGACAGAGUGUUAACAGCUGGGGAUGAUGGACUCUUGACGAUUGUAGAUGCUCAUCAAGGCAACAAGAUUUGUAUCCAUGAUUUGCAAGAAAAUAUAAGGUGCGUGGCAUGGGAAGGACGGCUGGUGAUAGGUGGAAGUGUCAGCGGCGAUGUCAUUGUGUUUGACAUGGGAACUGGUGCUGUGAUCAAGAGGCUGACUUCUCACACUGGUCCAGUGACAUGUUUGGCUAUAUCUCCUGAUAACCAACACCUUGUAACUGUCAGUGAAGACCGACGCAUCAUUCUUUGGGGUACAGAUUAAUGGAACCUUAUCUGACUGUGAAGAUAAUGUUGGGACACCUUACUCUUGCCUCUUUAUUCAUGCAGUAAGCGAUGUAUUUUUAAGCGCGUCUUGGUUUUUAUCCUGGAGAGCAUUUAAUGAAUGAUACAGAUAUAUGAGAUAUAUUGUUAUAAAUUAUAGUUGUCUGAAUACAGCUGUUGCUUUCCUUUCUCCAAGUUAUUGAGAAAUCUCUUGUAUAGGUAUAUAUUUAUAAUAAUGGCAUAAUAUAUAGCACUUCCAAUUACAUUAGACUUAAGGAUCAAAACGAGUGAUUUUAUUUGUGUAGUUUAACUCUUUGUGAUAUGAUAUCAUGCUUUAACCUUGUGUAUCUAUUUUUAUCAAGGAAGAGAAGAGAAGUUUCCUUGGCUGAAGAAUAGUAUAGUAAUUAAUAGUUAUGUAUUUAUAGCACAGGGAAGAUAAUCAUUCCUUUUAUUGUUCAUAUUGUUUUCCUAUUGGUUAACUUUUCAGCAGUUAUUCUUUUUAUCACUGCUAUUCUUUUUUUUUUUUUUUUUUGGUGAGUGAGGUACCUUAUCCAGUAAAGAUGAGUGUCAGGCCAUAAAAGUUUUGGGCUUAAAACGAAAGUUCCUCGGAGAAUUAAAGUGAUAACAAAUAAUUGCCGGAUUGACGUAGCGGGUCUAGUGAUUUUAAUCAUUAUUCAAAAUCUCCAGCUGCUUGAGUUUUCCACAUGGAGCUUUUUUUUUUUUUAGCUUGGCUUGGCUUGGCUGUGAUUUUACUGGACCAGGCAUCUCUCUUCCUAUAGCUACGUGUGAUUGUAUGUCCUGAAAGGUUUUGUGAAGUGAUGCAUGUGCAAAGGAGUUGUCACAUGGGGAUAAAUUUUCCUCUUCUUUCUUUGACCUGUACAAAAUAUUGUGCACAUUUUCUGUAGGUUAUAGACAUUGGCACUUGUACACAAUACUAGUUCUGGUUUAUUUUAUAUUUAUAGUUAACUGAAAUCAGUGGGGGCUUUCAUAUAAAUAUUUAAAAGAAUACUUUUCAUUGCUUUUAUUAUAUUUAUAAAUCAUAUGAUUAUGAUAAUAAUCCAAAGGUGAAAAUGUGAAUGAUACUGAAUAAAAAAAAAGAAAAAGAAAAAGUCACUCCUAUAUGUCAUCAUUAUUUUUUUUUCUCAGAAGUCCAAUUCAAGUUUUUCCCCACCCAAAAAAAAUAUAUGCUAGCUGAUUCUUGGAAUUGUGUGGAGAUUGUAGAAAAUAUUGUGAAAUUUAUCCCCUUGUGGCAGCCCCGUCAAUCAAAAUCUAAUAAUUUAAUAUAAAAAAUAUGUAGAGAGAUAUUUGCUUCAUAUUUGUUCAGUAUUUUAGAGUAUUUCAGGUGUAACUGAAUAGCUUUUUAUUGCAAAAAUAGAUUUCAUAAGAAACUUGUUUCAGUUUGCAUUAGAUAUAUGCAUAUUUAGUUGUGAUAUAUGGUGACAUAUUUUAUGUUUAUGUUUAUAGAGCUUUAGUCUCAGGGCAUAUAGUGAAAGGAGAUAAGUGCAAAGGUUUUGUUGAAAAGAAUCCAGAUACUAAUAAUUAGGGGCACCAAGUGUAAUUAUGUGGAUAGACCUACUUAAUAGCUUAUUUACAUGCUCAUAAGAUACAUAUUGUCCAGAAAGAAUAUAAAUAAAGAUGAUAAGCUGA